AACUGGAUUUUCAAUUGGUAUCUAGGGAGAGAGAGACUCCUCCACGGUUUGCACAGCCUGGAAGUUUUGAAUAUGAAUACUCUCAGCGAUGGAAGUCUUUGGAUGAAAUGGAGAAACAACAGAGAGAUCAGGUGGAGAAAAACAUGAAAGAUGCCAAGGACAAACUGGAAAGUGAAAUGGAAGAUGCAUACCAUGAGCAUCAGGCAAAUCUUUUGCGCCAAGAUCUCAUGAGGCGACAAGAAGAACUGAGGCGUAUGGAAGAACUUCACAAUCAAGAGAUGCAAAAACGCAAAGAAAUCCAGCUGAGACAGGAAGAAGAGCGCCGUAGGCGGGAGGAAGAGAUGAUGAUCCGCCAACGUGAGAUGGAAGAACAAAUGAGAAGACAGAGAGAAGAAAGUUAUAGUAGAAUGGGUUACAUGGACCCUAGGGAGAGGGACAUGAGAAUGGGAGGUACCAGCACAAUGAACAUGGGAGAUCCUUAUGGUACAGCUGCUCAGAAAUUCCCACCUUUAGGAGGUGGUACUGGCCUUGGCUAUGAAACCAGUCCUGGAGUUGGACAAGCAUCUAUGAGUGGCUCCAUGAUGGGAAGCGAUAUGCGCCCAGAGCGAUUUGGGCAGGGAGGUGCGGGGCCUGUAGGUGGCCAGGGCCCUAGAGGAAUGGGGCCUGGAACUCCAGCAGCUUAUGGGAGAGGGAGAGAAGAAUAUGAAGGCCCAAACAAAAAACCCCGAUUUUAGAUGUGACUUGUAGAUUUUCAUUCCAGUUUGUUUCGUUUGUCUUGUUUAGACACUACUUUUUUUUUUAAUUCUUGCAUUUUAGUAAGAAAGCUAUGUUUUUAUGGAUGUUAGAAACUUAAUGACCUAGAAUUUGUAAGUGGUCUGGGCAACAAAAAUAUAAUUAUGUAAUGCAGUGUUCAAAACCUAGCUUUUUUGAUGUAUAACGUCCCUACCUUGAUGGCAGUGUACGGUGUGCCAUUUGAAUUCCCAAGUGUAAACUUUUUUUACUGUGCUAAAAUAAAUAGAUUAAAUGUAGAAAUGGUUUUUAUAUCGUAAA